ACAAAAUGAAUGUAAUAACAAGUAUUAAAUUAUAUAUUGAAAAAAUGUGCACCGAAUCAGGACCUGGCAUGAAAACUAUGCUGCUUGAUAAAGAAACGACAAGUAUUAUUUCCAUGGCAUUUGCCCAAUCGGAUAUGCUGCAACGUGAAGUAUUCCUCUUCGAACGCAUCGAUUCGGGACGUUCCAAUGAACGUAUGAAAUAUUUAAAGUGUAUUGUAUUUAUACGCCCUACGAAGCAGAAUAUACAACUGUUGGCCCAAGAGCUAAGAAGCCCUAAAUAUGGAUCGUAUUUUUUGUAUUUCAGUAACAUCAUACCACGAACAGACAUUAAAUAUUUAGCUGAAUGCGACGAAAGUGAAUCGGUGCGUGAAGUCAAAGAGUUAUAUGCCGAUUAUUUAGCUGUCAAUCCAAAUUUAUUUUCCCUCAACAUUCCGAAAUGUAUGAGUCGCCUUAAUUGGUUACCCGAUGCCUUAAGCCGUUCCGUACAAGGUGUUAUAUCCGUGUUGUUAUCUCUGAAAUUAAAUCCAGUCAUUCGUUAUCGUGGUGGUUCGGCAAUGGCACAAACAUUGGCCAAACAAAUUUACGAACAAAUUACCAAAGAAUCAUCGCUGUUUGAAUUUCGUAAUCCGGAAAAUGGGGCCGCUCCACCAUUACUUUUAAUUUUGGAUCGUCGUGAUGAUCCGGUUACGCCACUGCUACAUCAAUGGACCUAUCAGGCUAUGGUCCAUGAAUUGUUGCAUAUACGCAAUAAUCGUGUUGAUCUUUCCGGUGUUCAAGGUAUACCCAAAGAUUUUAAGGAGUUGGUACUUUCCGGUGAUCAAGAUGAUUUCUAUGGCAAAAAUAUGUAUGCAAAUUUCGGUGAAAUUGGUUCGACAAUUAAAAAUCUCAUGGAGGAAUUUCAACGCAAGGCCAAAGAUCAAAAGAAAGUGGAGAGCAUUGCUGAUAUGAAAAAUUUCAUCGAGACCUAUCCACAAUUUAAGAAAAUGUCGGGCACGGUGCAAAAGCAUUUAUGUAUUAUGGGUGAAUUGUCAAGUCUGACGACCAAACGUAAUCUCUUUGAGGUAUCCGAAUUGGAACAGGAGAUUGCCUGCAAAGCCGAACAUUCCCAACAAUUGCAACGUAUUAAGAAAAUCAUAUCCGAUGAGCGUACUUCCAUUGAUGAUGUGGUAAAAUUGGUGGCCUUGUAUGCCUUGCGUUAUGAACGCCAUGCCAAUUGUGACACCUCGGGUCUACUGAAAAUGAUCAAAACUCGUGGUGGCCAGACACAUGUUAUACCCAGUCUAAUAGAGUAUGCUGGCACGCAUAUGCGUCAGGGAGAACUUUUCAAUUUGGUACGCAUAACAGAUGCGGUGAAAUUAACACGUAACCUUAUCAAAGGCUUGAAGGGUGUUGAAAAUGUCUUCACGCAACAUACACCGCUCCUCAAGGAAACUUUGGAAGAUGUUUUUAAGGGACGUGACUUAGAUCCCCUAUAUCCCACAAUAAAUUCCGAAUUGGUACCAUUCCGUAGACCACCGCAAGAAGUUGUUGUCUUUAUGAUUGGUGGUGCAACCUAUGAGGAGGCAUUAGCUGUCCAUCAGCUUAACAAUGCCGGGUAUCGUGUCAUUUUGGGCGGUACUUACAUCCACAAUUCACAGAGUUUUAUUGACGAAGUGUUGGCAGCCACGGAGAAUAUACAAUUUAAACAUACCAAAUCGAUGCUGGGUUAUUAUGCCUCAACGGAAAAUUAUUAA